AUGUCGAGAAUAUCAAAUGAUGAGAAUUCAGCUAAUGAUUAUCAGAAUGAAAAUAUAAUACAUCAAGUUAGAAAACUUUCAAAUGAAGAAAAAGUAGUUUUAAACAUUGGAGGUGUUAAGUAUGAAACAUAUCGUUCAACACUUGAGGCAUAUCCUGACACAUUUCUUGGAAGAAUGUUUCAAUAUAGUAAUCAAGAGUUAUUAAAUCCAAAGAAUGGUAAUGAAUAUUUCUUUGACAGAUCAGGCCAAUUAUUUCAUUAUAUUAUGCAAUUUUAUCGAACUGGAAAGGUUUAUAUAGAUGAUCAAGAAGCAUCAAUUUCAAAGGAAAUAGAAAUAGAAUUAGACUAUUUUCAAAUACCUCAUCGACCACCUCGACCUACAGCAUCAUUAAUAGAUCACAUAGCAAUAAAAAAAGUCGAUGAAUUGAUCAAUACACUUAAAUAUUUAAUCAGUGAGGUUUCAGAACAUUACAUGAAAAAACUUUUAUUCAAAGAAUUCAAAGAGGAUUUGACGAUAAUAUUUUUAGAUAAUGGCCAAGCAACUGUUCACCCUGAAUUGUAUGAAAAUUUUGGUAAAAUAUUCGAAUCAACCAAACACUAUGCGUAUAAAAUCAUGAGUUUGUACAAGAAAGAAAUAGAAGAACAUAUAAUUAAAGAGUAUGAGCCUAAUUUGAUUUGGUUAGAUGAACAUAAAGGUGAUAGUUUAUUAUAUUAUAAGAUUAAAUUAACUAUCACCUGGAAAUUAAAUUCUGAAAAUAUUUUAGCAAAUAGUUUGUUAAAAAAAUAA